AUGGCCGUGUCUACGGGAGCCGGGCGCCGCAAGGUGUUCGACUUCGAAACUGCCAUGUACUUUAAGGGCACCAGCAUGGCUCGCACAAUGUCCCCCUCCGCCUCCGAGGCCACCUCGCGCUCCUCCUUCUCCUCCGUCCGCGAAAACGACGACGGCUUCGCGCAGACCUUUACUCGCUCCAAAAUUUCCUCCUACAUCGAUACCCCCGAAGAUGUCUUUGACGAGUCUCCCACUGUCGAGGCCCCCCCGCCCGUCUUUCAACCGCCCAUGACCCAUCCCACAUCCAAGCUGCACGGCUUUUGGUAUCCUGCGCAGGGCUUCAAGGGUUGGAGGGAGAUUCCCAUCAAGGGCAAGAUAGCCAGUCGCAGCUGCGAGGAUUUGCACAAGCUGCACAUGACCUGGGAUACCCCCGCGCCUCAAGUCGAGCAGCCCCCGGCUGGCAUUUAUCCAACAUCCACCGCGCCCCUCGAAAAGCUACCAAGCGAGAUUUUGGGUGCCAUCAUUGAUCUUCUCGUCGUCGAGAUUCCUCCCAAUGGCCUCACCACCCGCAACACCGACCUCAUGUCGCUUCUUCGCACCUCGCGCGCCAUUCACGCAGCUACUCUAACCACUCUCUAUCGCCACAUUACCAUUCCUCACUCACGCAUCUUCCGCAAGUUUCUUACCACCAUUACCGAGUAUCCUGUCCUGGCCACCAUCGUCCGCCGCCUCGAUUUUAGCCACUUCAACCCUUCCAUCAUGUUCUCCACCGCCACCGAGCGUCUCCUGACCCAGAAUCUCACCAGCGAGACUCUGUUUCACUGUCUUGCCCUGACUCCCUACAUCCAUGAGUUUCUAGCCCAAGAGUACAUCGAGGACGAUCUUGGCCCUGAAGUCCUUCGCAAGCUUUUCUACGACAUGCCCAAACUUUCCGCCAUCGAUUUUUGCGGCUGCUCCUCUGCCGGCUUCAAGAAAUCCUUCAUCACCAUUCUCAGCGACCACUGGCCAGAGGCCCUCACAAUCACCAAGUUGUCCUUUCACAAGUGUCUGAGCCUGCCCUCGGCAGUCUUUGAGACCAUACUCCCCAGAAUGCCCCAUGUCACUCAUCUCGACCUCGCUGGAACCCGAGUUACCGACAAGGCUCUUCUAUCAAUUCCCGAAUCUGCGAAACUGACGCACCUGAACCUUGCUAAGUGCAAGGAGCUGUCUGCCGAUGUUGUCAUCAAGUUCGUCACUACCCACCCGGCUACCAGGAACCUCGUUUUCCUAAGCCUCGGUGCCGACCCCAGCACUCAUCUGCUUCUCGGCAAGACUGAUCUUGACGCACUCCUUCCUAACCUACCACCUACCCUCAAGUCCCUCAAUCUUCGAGGCAGUAGAAUGGACUCUUCUCACAUUGACCAUCUUAGCCGCCUGUCGCAGACUCUGGAGGAGCUUGCUGUCGGUCGUGGUCUUGCUAUGAGUGACAUUCACCGCCUAUUUUUCCGCGAUCAGCAAUGGCAGACUCACAACCUCAAGUACAUUGACAUUUGUGACGUCGAAACCAUCAUCGGCAGCGCUAGUACUCUGCUUGCCCCGACCUCUGCCCCUCUCCACGUUGUAGAGCUCUCGGAGCGUGCCUACGAGCGGGCCGCCAAAGUCAAUAAGAAUUUGCAGCGUGUUGGAUGGCUGGCUCACGAAUUUGGCAGCCGCUACUGGCUCAGACGUACAGAGACCGACGAGCCCAACUUUGACCACGGUCACCGCUCCUGGAAGAUGGGCGCUAAAAGUUGGGGCAUGCGCAAAAUUCCCACCAUUGUGUCCGAAGUGGGAGGCAUGUAUGGCUCUUACAUGUUUGGUCGUCGCCUGUGA